AUGUCUAAAGGCUUGGCACAAAACCGUAUGGGCGGCGUUGGAUAUGGGCAGUGGGUAGCUCCGGGUGCGCGACAGAUGGGUAUGGAAGGAAAAAGCUUUCCGAAAAAAGGCUGGGCACAACCACCACCGGUAUAUAUUCUAUUUGUUCAAAACUUCGGAAAGAAACCUAAGAAGGAGACCGAUCCCACCGGCAAGACACCUGCCAUGCUCUUGCAUGAGCUGUACAAAGACAUUGUCGAGGCGUACGAAGAGGUUGCCGCUCAUCCGAAAGCAUAUCGCUGUCUUUUGACCGUCGGUGGACAACAAUUCACAAUGGUCGCCCCUGCUAAAAAGACUGCGAAGCAGAAAACGGCAGAAGUGGCAUUGCGAACUCUUCGACCUGAUCUGGAAAUUACUCCUUUCGAGGACGGAGUUACUAGCGUACCUGUCAAAGAUGGUGUUCCUGUUACUGCUCAAACUGCUCAACGUCCAGCUAAGGCAGAAUCCGAGGAUGCUCCUCCAGCUAAAAAAAUCAAGCUGAACGCAUUGGAGUCAGCACUAUCGCUGCUCGACUGCAUGCGAAAGCUCUGCGCGGAGCGUGUUUCUGAGGGACCGUAUAAUCCUGUGUUUGAUAUCACCGACAUAACUGACACUGCUGCUACUCCUGGAGAAAAGCGAAAGUUCAGGUUAGUUGAAGGAAUAUCUUCUGUCACAAUGGCAAGGUCUACACCCAUGAGGCGUGGUACUAUAAGCAGUCAUCGGCUCAUUCACGUGGAGCUUAAGGCUUUGCUGGAUCUUUUCCAAGUCCCACAGGCUGACAUUCGCAGAAUUGUUCGUCGUCAUCUGAUGGGAAAACUCACCGACAUGCCAAUCAUUCAGUUCAAGGUAGACAUCAGUAACGACAAGGGGAUUGGCCACGUACCGCCAACUUUUGUCGCCGUCUGCACUCUCAUCGAUCAUUCCAGUAUUUUGCUUUUAUCUCAUUUUGACAUUGAUCCUCCGGCAGUGCAACCGGUACCACCAUGUCAGAAGCUGCAUGUGUUGUUGGCUAAACAGAACAGAUCGGUACUGCCGUUUAAACUUAUAAUCAAUGAUAAGGAAGAAUUCAUUGGUAGCGGCAAGUCUAAAAAAGCCGCUAAGAAUGAUGCUGCGAUGAUGGCUCUGAAGAAAAUAUUUAUGCUGGCUUUUGCUCCAUGCUCUAUGUCUUUUCUUAUUAAGGUAUCCGAAUAUGCUAAACGGGAGUACUACAGUAUGUGUAAUUUCUACGCGGUAAAACCCAGUACAGAAAUGGCAGCAUUUUUCCUCGUCAAUGAGUUAGAUGAAAAACGAUUGAUAGCAAUCGGUUCAUCGCGACCCGGAGUGGUCCAUGGGGAGACAGUCGCGACAGCUCGUGGCACUGCCAUCAUCCACUUCGAUCCUAUCGUACUAGCCAGACGUUCUCUGAUAAGAUAUCUUAUCAAUGAGGUCAACAAAAUCGGCGAUCCGAAAUGUAUUUUCGUUCAAACUGAGAACGGUAUGCUGAAAUUGAAUGACGGUCUACGGCUGGUGCUGUACGCCACAUACGCACCGAACUGCUCGUUCUGCUGCCCAGAGGCCUCAGUGAAAAAACUCAGCUAUCUCGGACCGAAACAUCUGAUCGCAGUACCAGAUGAAGCACAGUCGUUGGCAGAUAUUCAACAAACUGGUCGACUGAACGUCCAUUGUGCGGCAGAUAAGAUUUACAAGUGGAGCAAGAUUGGUGUCCAAGGGGCGCUUCUGUCCACUAUAAUGCAUCCAAUACUACCGCAUUCGGUGUUCUUCGGUAGUGUGGCACCUGUGAGCGAUGACUCGAUGUUGCAUGCCCUAUUUGGACGACUCGAACCACCGACGAUUCCAUGUAAAGUGGAGUCAAUUAGGAAUAAAAUUAUGUUGUCAAUGUCGCCAUCACACGUGUGGACACGUGAUAUGGAGCAUGUGGAGAUGCUGAAUCUGGAAUCUGGCCGAACUAACAAAGGGUCACCGUCCCGUCUGUGUAAAGCGGCAAUCUUUGAGGCUUUCCUAAAGUUGGCACCUGAUACCUUGAAAAGCAGUGGAACUUACAUGGAAGCAAAGGCGAAAGCAGUCGCUUACAAUGAAGCUAAACGCGUGUUUUAUGAGCAAAGUGUUCUUAAGCUGGAAACCGCUGGACUCGGCAAAUGGCAGACGAAACCUGUGAAGCUGGUCGAUUUCAGUUUGGACUCUUAUGACGCGUAG